AUGAAGGAGAUGGGAAGAUGGUCUAACGGGAGAUGGGUCUGGGAUUUCCAGUGGAGGAGAGACCUCUUGGACAGAGAGCUCGAAGUGGUGCAGUCGCUGACCACUUUCAUCUCUGAAGUCUCGCCUAAAUUUGAUUGCGAAGAUCGCUGGGAGUGGAGAGGGCACAAGAGUGGGACGUACACAACAAACUCGGCCUACCGAAUUAUCAAGAGCCUUAAAGAAGACAAGGCCGAGCUUCCUCUUGCAGUGAUGGCAGCUAGAAAAAUCUGGAAAUCGCCGGCUCCUCACAAGGCGCGAAUGACAGCGUGGAGAGCUCUCUUUAACAGACUCCCUACCUGCAACAACCUGGUCAAAAGGCAGAUUGACGUGGGAGUCGUUGAGAGAAACUGCAACGGAUGCUUUGCUCAAGAGGAGACAGCUAAUCACAUCCUCCUCCGAUGUCCAAAGAUCGAUGGGAUUUGGAAUAAUAUGUACGCUUGGCUCGGGUUCCAGUCGGUACGUCCCUUUGCUAUUCCAGAUCAUUUCCUUUCCUUCUCACAGCUGGGCUCGAGCAAGAAUAGCGGGAGAUUCCUCUCGGCCCUUUGGAGUUGUAUUGUCUGGGUUGUUUGGAGGCGAAGGAACGAAAGUAGAUUCGAUGAUAAGUCUUGGGAGAUUGACCAAGUCGUUUUGGAAAUCAAAGCCAGAAUGUGGAGUUGGAAUUCCAUUUUUGAUAUCCUUGGAGGCGAACUCUCCUUCAGAGAGUGGUGCUCGUCGUCCAUUUGCUCUCUUCUUUGUAAAUAA